AGAUAUAAUAAUGAUGGACUUUAGAAACGUUUGUAAUGCGAUACAAGUCAUAAGUCGCACAAACAGUAUGAAUUCAUAUUAAAGAUAUAUAAAGUACGUUGUAUAUAAUAUAUUGUGUCAUGAAUACCAUUUAUGGAAAUAUAUAAAAAAACAAACUUUUAUUAUACUAUUAAGCAAUACAGUAAGACUCAAUUAGUCACCACUGUUAUACCCUUAGAAUGGUGUUAAUCAGUAUUCAAGUGCGUGUUCCGGGGCAAAUAUUGUUCUCAUAUAAAUCAGAUCCGCUUUCAAUUAGAUAGACACACACAAUUAACAGAUCCGUUUGGAGAUAGGCGACAAUUAUAGCUAAUGAGUUAUUAAGUUAUGACAAAAUGGAUUCAGAAUGUAAAACAUCUUUGAAUUUCGAAAACCUGAUGUCUUGAAAUUGUUACGAGUUUUCGCUUAGAAAUAGACAACAGUAUAGUUUUAAAUUUCCGUGUGAUAAAAAUGUUUCGUGCAAUCGGUGACUUCGAUGGUUCGGAUUCUUUAAAGUGUAUUUCCUUGAUUCCUGGUGACCAGCUCUCAGCGGUUCACGUUCUAGAUGAAACUUGGUACAUUGGUUUCAAUGAGAGAUCUAAGAAAACAGGGGCUUUCCCGUCGGCGUGCGUGCAACCAGAAGAAGGCAAUGACUAUACACCACUCCCAGCCAAAAAUGCAAGUACAGAAGGGUUACCAGAGAAGCCUGUGUAUGCAAAUGUGUCCAAACAAAUUCAAGAAAGAAAAGCUUCACUUAUGAAUGAAGAUCAAAGACCAAGACAGAAUUCACCAGGACCCUUGGCUUUUGAUGUAAACAAACUCCGAAAAACGAAACCUGAAAAAACUUUUAAACUGAAAAUGGUCAAAAACACAGAGAAAGAUGAAAAUGAAGAAGAAAAGGAAGCCAAAGCGGAAGAGAUUUUUUCAAAAUCUAACACGCUGAGAAGUGUCAGGUUUGAUGAUAUCAAAAUAGAACAUUCAAUCAGCAUCCCAGAGUCGGUAGCGUCUUGGCAGGAUUCAUCGUUUGAGGAAUCAUUCAGGGAUCAACUGGCAAAUUAUGACAAUUAUUACGGUGAAACAACCAAGGGUAAAAAUAAAAAGAGUGCGAAAAAAGAGAACUCGGAUAGAGAUUAUCAUCGUUUCGGAAAACUAAGCUCGUUCAAAUCCAGUACUGAAAAUCUUAUCAAAAGUUCAAAGGAGGAGAAAAGAGGGGUUAAGGCAGUAAUUGGUGUUAUUUCAGGACUGGUAAUUGGAGUCCUCAUGUUUCUUGUAUACCAUUAUAGUUUUGGAUAUACACUGGCGGAAGCUGGUAUCUUAAUGGCCUUUCUAACUGUACUGUUUUGCAUUGGUAUGGCCUUUUCGUCUUUCAUCAGAUGUAUUAUUGCACUAGUUGUUCCUAAUUUCUUUACUGGGGUUGGAAGAGCAAUUCUGCUUUCGGCCAUUUUUGCGUUAAUCCUGAAGCACCCGGUGUCUAAUAUAUCCCACAAUGCAAGAGAGACCGGAAGUAGUAUGGCAUGUGUUGUUGAACUAGCAGCCAAUCAGACACGAGUACUGCAGCGUCAACUAGCCGUACCUAUAGAAGAUCUCACGCAGUACAUAAGGAAACAGCAAGAUGACUUUAAAGAUAUUACACGUGAAAUGCAUUCAAAAUUCAAACUUGUUGACGACACAUUAAAACAGUUAGUAGAAGGAGCAACAACGGCCGACGAAGCGUUAAAUGUUAUUCGAAAGAAAUGCCGCAUUGCUGUUAAUUCUUUGGAGACAGAUUGUGAGAAUCAAUGUGCAUCUGCCAAAUUUCCUGUCACUGAAAUAUGCAAAGCAGGGUCACUUUGUGCAGGCUUUGACUUUUCUAAAAGCUGUGAUGAUAUCAAACUCGGUGUUGACCUUUAUGACGUUGCCAAGAAAACCAGAUCAGCGCUUGAUGAUGUGAUUAACUAUUUUGAUGUUGAAAUGGUCGUCUCGGGAGAAUUCAGUGGCACCGCAAACGUCUCAAAACCUGCAGAAGCCAUACAAGCUGAAGUAGAAAAAGAUAUAGGAGGAAAAUUAGAUGCUUUCGACAGUGUUAUGUCAGUUGUUCGAAAAUGCCUGUCUUUGUCGCUGUUUCUAAUAUUCAUACAAUCAUUUUGGUACCUUAGAAAUUAUCUAGCCAAAGACGGGUACGACAACAUUUAUAUCACAAAACAAUUUAAACAAAUGGACAAAGAAGCUGAGAAGAACGGUAGAGAAACCGUGCUUCCUUUAAAAACGCGUGAAAAAGACGAAUACGUAAAUACGUCAUCUAUCAAACUAAACGCGACUGAAAUAUCAUACUCCAAACUGGGAUUAAUUCAAGUUUUAUUACAUUUUCUCCUUUACAUUCUUGUCAUUAUCUUUGACUACGCUUUGUAUUAUAUAUUGUACCUGGUAAGAGAAUACGGCGAUAUCGAAUUAGAAAUUGAAUCUCGUGGACGCGUGCAAAUAGUUGUAGCUGGCAACGGUCCCGUGGCGGAGUUUUACAAACUUUUAGUUAGAGGUUAUAAUCUUGAUAGAGGUUUCAAUAUGACGCUUGACAUUGAACCUUGUUUACCAGAGCCUAGAGAGCCUUCGGGCGCCAUGAUUCCGGUCUUUCUUAUAUUAUACUUCAUAGCCCUCGCUGUUGUUUUACUACGAGCGUAUGGCAUGCGUCUGAGGAGAAAAGUCUCGGCUUACUAUUGCCAGGAGCAGGAGCUAGCCAGGCUUGACUACCUGCACAAGAAAAUACGACAUAAGCGUGUGGGAUUUCUAAAAUUCCUGCGCCAACAAAUCAAAUCAACCCAUAAAGAAGAACAGGUUAAAAACCAACUCCGUUUCUCUUCAUGGCUUGCGUUUAAUUUUCCUUUCAUUGCACAGUUCUUACCUAAGAAGAUCAAACUGGAAUGUACAAGUUGUGGGCAACAAGAGACAAGUUUUAAUAAAGUGAAGUUGGCGAAAUGUAACGGGACGAAGGGAGGUGUUCAGUGUGACGCUGUAUAUUGCGAGGAAUGUUACAUUGCACUUCAGGAAAUAUGUCCGCUAUGUUCAAGCAACGAUAUCGUUGUGCUACGAGAGUAGCUGACCAUGAAAUAACCUUCUUCCAUAUGAAAUCCUGUACCAAACCUCUAAACAUCUAAAGAAGAGUUCAAUUUCCUACUACACUUUAUGGGUUCCUUUACUUCGUUUGAACAUAAUGUGUUUUUUAUGUUUCAAUACGCGACAAAAAAAUGUGGAAGGCAAAUAAAAUGUGUUACAUCGUUUGGACAGAUAGCAAAAACUCUGACCGACGACCGUUCGAUCGUUUUUAGAUCAAAGAAUAUCUAGAACAAUGUAAGAACUUGAUACUUGUCUUAAUGUCUUGGGCGUGAGAGGUGAAACUGGGCUUCUUUAGCAAAGUUCAUAAUCUGUUCAGUUGUUCUUGAUUUAAUACAUGUAUGUAUUUUAUAUCAAAAUAGCCGACCUAUUUUGUCAAUUGUAUUCAUGCUAUGGACGUGAAAACUAUAUAAGGAAAAGAACUGUUCCGAAAUGUAUCAAUUUACACCAAUAUAUUUAAACUCUGUACAUUUUUAACUUUAUGUAUGAUCUUUAUUUAUUGACACACAUAAAUAUAAAACUUUCAUUAUG